AUGGCUGCACCGUCGCACCAGCACUCUUUGGUGCUGGAACGGUCCACCUGUCACCACUACUACCACUGUGUGUUGUACGACAUUUUGUUUGAUCUCCCUGUGCGGGAAAUCGCGGCGCAGGUGGUACCCUGCAAGGACUCAAAUAUAGUGCAGCGGCUCACAAGCGCCGAUUGCCGCGUUGUCCCGCACCAACUGCACGUGUACAAGGAACCACUGGAGAAGAAGUUUGGCUAUGUUUCCUUCUUUGUUCACCGGGCGCCGCACUCCUCCACGGCCGCCGAUGACGUUCACCGUCUUGUGUGCGAGUGGGUUGCCGUGGACCUCGCCUCCCAGUUGGCGACAGUGCAAUGCAAGGUGCAGCUCGCUCAGCCGCCAGAGUGUCAUUCGUCAGAGCCGUUUCUGAACGCGUUUCGCCUCAAGUGCCCCCUGCUGGACCCCACGCUGGCGGCAGACACGAAGAAACUCGAGACGUUUGUACUCACCCGAGUGCGCUUUGGCCAGCACUGCGGUAAUGCGUCUGUCAAUCAGCUGAAUGCCGUGCACUGCGACGACGCAAAGUCCGCCGCUUCAGCGGGUAGUUGUGGAACUGAAACGGAAAUGUGCACAGAUGACGGGUUGACGGCUACGGAGGGCGAGCUGGACGCGGGUGCGCGCAGCGCAACUCGCACACUGCACGAGCAUGUGUGGAAGUGCGUCGGCACUUUCUUGAUCGCUUCCCUAUCGCCCAAAGAACUCGUAUGGCUGAAGAAGCAGCUCCCUUCCUUCCCGCCGCUGCGCAUUGCGAACGGGGACAUGGACACGGCCUACUGCGAUGAGGCCAAGCUGGCUCAGUUUUUCGAGACCUCGCUCGCUCCUCUGUUUACCGUGGACGAGGUGGUGGAGGCAGCAGCCCUAAAUACCGUGAACUCGGAGGCAUAA